UGGUUUAUUUUCAUGCAGUCGCAUGCAUUCACAUUUGGCCAUAUUGGAUGAUUUUUGCAUAUGGCGAAUGGAUGGUGCACUGAAUGACUGGUGCGUUCAGUCGUGCGUCAGACACAGAGGUCCUCCCCUUGUGUUUCUAUGUUACUGCCCCCCUCUCUAGCUCUCGAUCCCCCUCCCUUCCUCUCUUCUCUUCUGGCAUCCCCCAUCCCCCAUCGCUUUAUGUGCUUCCAUACAGCCUGAAAAAUCAACCGGAGGAGGAAACCUUCACACUCGCGGAGAAUAGACCGACCCUCAGCAACCCAGAAGAUCGCUUUAAACCGGGGACACAGACUGGAUCAGGGUGACCCAUCUAAACCGUCUCACUCUGAUUUGCAUAUCCAUUCUUCCUACCUCCUUCAUUUGCCUUUCCUUCACUGAGAAUGGCAAGCGGGCAUUCCACUGACAAAUUCAGUUUUCUGUACCCAACAGACACCAGUCAGAACGUGAAGAGUAAGAACAGGCUGUCUUCCACCAUGAACCCGGUGUACAGUCCAGUGCAGCCGGGAACCCCCUACGGAAACCCCAAGAAUAUGGCAUACGCAGGUUAUCCAGGAGGUUACCCUACGACUGCCCCGACCUACACAGCCAAUCUUUAUCAGACAGGUAGCCCGGGAUACCCCCCAGUGCUGCUGGUGAAGCAGGCCUGGCCCCAGACGGCAUCUGCUCCGGGGCCCGCAGAAGGCUCCUAUGACCUGGCUAUGGACGCUGGCUCAGAGAGCAGGCAGUACCAGGCCUCAUCUACAGCAUUCAGAUAUACUGCAGGAACACCUUAUAAAGUGCCCCCUACUCAGACCAAUGGAGCUCCUCCACCCUAUUCCCCAUCUCCUAACCCCUACCAGACGGCCAUGUACCCCAUCAGAAGUGCCUAUCCCCAGCAGAACCUCUAUGCGCAGGGUGCUUAUUACACGCAGCCUGUGUACGCCGCCCAGCCUCAUGUCAUCCACCACACCACCGUGGUCCAGCCCAACAGCAUCCCCUCCGCCAUCUACCCCGCUCCUGUACACGCACCCCGCUCCAAUGGGAUGGCCAUGGGCAUGGUGGCCGGGACAACGAUGGCCAUGUCUGCUGGAACACUGCUGACCACCCCUCAGCACACUCAGAUCGGAGGACACCCCGUCACCGUGCCAACGUACCGACCACAAGGAACACCUGGAUACAGCUACGUUCCACCUCACUGGUAGAGCCCACCUGCCAAUCAUAUCUGGAGUCAAACAUUGUAUGCAACUACUCAAGUCUUACAUCGGCGCUCUGUGCUCAACAGUGAGGCGCCACGUCUGUUUGCAAGAACAAAAGAGAAAAAAAGUGCAAGGGUCACGUGUUUUUGUAAAAGCUGCUUUUUUAUCCUUUUAUUUAAUUUUUAAUUGUUUUAUUAUUUUUCUUCUCAUUUUUUUGGGAUGAUGUUCUUGCAUUAGGUUAUUUUAAUUCUUCAUUGUUCCAUAGUUACUUCUCGAAGAACUCCAGAAUGAUUUCGACCAAUCACGAUCUGUCUUUGUGUUCAGUAUAAACGCUGAUGUGCGUGCAGGAAUGUACCGACGCAAUAUCAGCAACACUCGGAUCAUAAUCAUCCACUUACGCUGCCAAAUUUGAUAAACUUUAGAUAUCAGCACAGGGUUUCGUUUUUUAUUUCAUUUUAUUUAUAUACAGCGGCGUUUCAUUUCAGCCUUCCCAAAGCGCUUGGGAAUCAUUUGAUUUCAUUUAAACUCAAUUCUCCCAUUUCGUUCUGUCAUCGAUAACAAGGGUGUCUUCCAGCUUGUAGCUGUUCAUGUAGAUUUGUAAGGAAUAUAUCAUUAGUAGGGCAGUGCAAACGUGCUUUAACCUUCAUUAGGAUAUCGAGUACAUUCAGUAAUCUUAGUUAUUCACUAAAUAGAGAACGUUUGCGUGAGCUGGUUACUUUAUUAGCUUAUGUGUCAGGAUAGCGUAAGCUUCCAAACUAUAACGUGUAUAUUCGAUUAUAUUAGUGUGCGCGCAUGCGCUCACAGUGAAUAUUGAGGAAAAAAAAUCUAUCAGUGGCACUUAGCUGGAGCCUCUGGGUGCGAUGUCGAUCCCGCUGACAUCGAACCCGAUCGAAACGUGUGCCAACUUUGAGGCCAGACAGGACGGACGCUACUCUGACGGAACGAUUAGGAUCGCAUCCCAUGCAAAGGGACUUUAUGGUAUCGUAGGUAACACAAAAAAAAUAAAUAAAAAAAUAAGCGAAUAAAACAAGGGAGGGACGGCGUUCCGGCAUUCAUUUCCAAUCAGCUCCGGCUCGAGAGUGGGUCUAACCCCUGGUCCUCUGUGAAUCCUUGGGCCUUUAGGCCUGUAGUUGCACAGAUUUUAAGUGUAGAAACGGAGUUGUUCAAUGCAAUAAUACGAAGGGCCUGCUUGAAUGGCCUUUAAUUGUAAUUUACCGCAUUUUUAGAGAGAUAAAGAGAAAAUUUUGAUUUCUUAUCCCGAGGCCUCGCCUGUAUCCAUGAAUAGUGUACUCAGAAGUGACGUAUCGAAGUAUUCUAUGAAAUGUUAUCAUACCGAAGCAUUGCACAUUGACAAAUAGACA